AUGGUAAUGAAUAUUAUGUUUAACUAUCCACUAACUCGUAAUAGGAUACAGAGCUCACGUACAAAGUUGGAAGAGGCACGUCGAUAUUCUUGUAGCAACCUGAACACCUCACUGUAUAAUUCAAUACGAAGAUCUUCAUUUUGUUCGAGUAGGAUUAGCGAGAUUCCAGUGGAAAAUAUGGUCAAUCAAUCUAAGUUAGAAACAUUACAGUGGCAACUAAAAGAAAUUCAAAAAAGUAGAGAGAUGUACAGAGCCGUUAUGAAACAAGUGGUAACGUAUCUGGAGAAAGCUCAUCACAGUUUGGAACUUUUGGGAAGUAGGAUAAAUAGAAGAAAUUCAGUUCACCGAUCGCGAAGUGAACACCAAAUGGAAGUAAGUCGAAUAAGUGAUAAUUCCACUUUGCUGGCAGGAGUUCAUAAUCAAUCCAAGACGAUAGAUGAGCACAAGUUAAAGGAUCUGCAGUGGAAGCAAUCAAAGCCAGAAGAACCCUCUCCAGACGAAAUUCCUCCAGACAAACUAGCCCAAGAAGCGUUCCGACUCCUCCGGACUGCUCAAUCGUUGUUGAACACCCGAGAGCCGGACUUGGUGCAAAUUUCUACCUGCGAACCCUCCAACGACAUCGAAUUCCUCGAACAGCUCGCCAAAGAAUUUCCACCUCCAGAAAUCAAGGCACAACGUGCUACGUCAUUUUCGCUCAGCCCGAAACUGAUAAUGCCGGAGGUCGAGACGAAAAUUUCGACAGCGUUUAAUAGGUAA